AUGAUGACACUAUCUCUACUAGACGAAACUGGAGUAAAGAUAGUAAGUUUGACAUUUGAUGGCUGCUCUACUAAUGUAGCUGUAGAUAAGUUUUUAGGAUGUAAUUUAAAUUUAGAUAACUUAGUAAUUACAUUUGUGUAUAGUAAUAAGGAUAUUGAUAUGCCCAUAGAAAUUAUAUUAGAUGCUGUAUAUAUGCUUAAGUUAGUUAUGAAUGGUUUUGAAGAAAAAAAACAGUUAUUAGAUUGUGAAAAUAAAAUAGUUGAUUUUUGA